GGGAGGGCGGGAGGGGGUGGGAGAAACCGGGCCGGGAACGGGCGGAAAAGCUCAGGAUUAACGCGCGCUUAGAGAUAGUCAACCCCACAACAUCCUGCAUCCAAAAAAAAAGAAAAAAAGCAGGCCGAAAAAAUCCCCCAACGACGGAGCACGAGAGCCGCGGCCGCUGGGAGGUCAAAGGGCGGAGGUGAGGAAGGAGCCGCUUCCCGGUGAGGCUUCACUGGCUCAGCUGAGUGUUUUUAUUACACUUAAUGCCUGGCUCCAGAACAUCUUGUGGAAAACUGAGGAAUUGAGUACACCUAAAACCCCAGCUGGAGCCAGUGCCCUCCCUGCAGGGCUGCCCAUGCUGCAGUGCCCCCAGCCCCUGCAGAGUCCCGGGAUGGCCUCGAGGUGAGGGGGCUGAGGAUGACCCUGACUGACAGGCUGCGCGAGAGGAUUUCGCGGGCGUUCUACAGCCACGGGCUGCUCUGUGCCUCCUACCCCAUCCCCAUCAUCCUCUUCACUGCCCUCUGCAUCCUGGCCUGCUGCUACCCCCUGCUGAAGCUGCCACUGCCGGGGACAGGCCCUGUGGAGUUCAGCACCCCGGUGAAGGACUACGCUCCCCCCGGGGCGGGGCCGCAGCACGGGGAGCCCGGCGAGCGCCCGGACUGGUACGUGGGUGCUCCCGUGGCCUACAUCCAGCAGAUCUUUGUGAAAGCCACCGUGUCCCCGUGGCAGAAGAACUUCCUGGCUGUGGAUGUGUUCCGCUCGCCACUGUCCCGCGUCUUCCAGCUGGUGGAGGAGAUCAGGAACCACGCCCUGCGGGACAGCUCCGGGGUCAGGAGCCUGGAGGAGGUCUGCCUGCAGGUCACAGACCUGCUGCCUGGCCUCAGGAAGCUGAGGAAUCUGCUCCCAGAGCACGGCUGCCUGCUGCUGUCCCCAGGGAACUUCUGGCAGAACGACCGCGAGCGCUUCAAUGCCGACCCAGAUAUCAUCAAAACCAUCCACCAGCAUGAGCCAAAGACCUUGCAGACGUCAGCCACUCUCAAAGACCUGCUGUUCGGGCUGCCUGGCAGGUACAGCGGUGUCAACCUGUACAACCGGCGGCGCGUGGUGUCCUACACCGUCACCCUGGGGCUGCAGCGCUACGACUCCAGGUUCCUGAGCAGCCUGCGCUCCCGCCUGAAGCUGCUGCACCCCAGCCCCAACUGCAGCCUGCGGGAGGAGCACGUGGUGCACGUGCACUUCAAGGAGGAGAUCGGCAUCGCCGAGCUGAUCCCGCUCGUCACCACCUACAUCAUCCUCUUCGCCUACAUCUACUUCUCCACACGCAAGAUUGACAUGGUGAAGUCCAAGUGGGGCCUGGCGCUGGCGGCGGUGGUGACGGUGCUCAGCUCCCUGCUGAUGUCCGUGGGGCUCUGCACCCUCUUCGGCCUCACACCCACGCUCAACGGCGGGGAGAUCUUCCCAUACCUGGUGGUGGUGAUUGGCCUGGAGAACGUGCUGGUGCUCACCAAGUCCGUGGUGUCCACGCCCGUGGACCUGGAGGUGAAGCUGCGCAUCGCCCAGGGCCUGAGCAAUGAGAGCUGGUCCAUCAUGAAGAACAUGGCAACAGAGCUCGGGAUCAUCCUCAUUGGAUACUUCACCCUGGUCCCUGCCAUCCAGGAGUUCUGCCUCUUCGCCGUGGUGGGGCUGGUGUCUGACUUCUUCCUGCAGAUGUUCUUCUUCACCACGGUGCUGUCCAUCGACAUCCGCCGCAUGGAGCUGGCUGACCUGAACAAGCGGCUGCCCCCCGAGUCGUGCCUGGCCGCAGGCAAGGCGCCGUGCCGGGCCCGGCCGCCGGCGCAGCGCCCCGCGCCGCUGAGCGCGCCGCUGCAGCCGCACACCAUCACCCUGCAGCCGUCCUCGCUGCGCAACCUGCGCCUGCCCAAGCGCCUGCGCGUCAUCUACUUCUUCGCCCGCACGCGCCUGGCGCAGCGCCUCAUCAUGGCCGGGACGGUGAUCUGGAUCGGAAUCCUGGUUUACACGGACCCUGCCGGGCUCCGCACCUACCUCACGUCGCAGGUCACCGAGCAGAGUCCCCUGGGGGACGCAGGCCUGCCUGCCAUGCCCGUCCCUGGGGGGGUGCUGCCUGCCGGGGACCCCAAGAUGGACCUGUCGGUGUUCCCGUCGGAGCCGGUGCAGCUGUCGGAGAACCACACGCAGCCGCGCGAGCAGAAACCGGGGCUGGAGCACAACCAGCACAGCUGGGCCCCGGGAGCCGAGGGCAGGGGCAACGGGCAGCUGGAGCUGGGGGCCGAGGCAGAGGUCACCUGGGGAGCAGAGGACGAGGAGAUCUGGAGGAAGCUGUCCUUCAGGCACUGGCCAGCCCUCUUCAGCUACUACAACAUCACCCUGGCCAAGAGGUACAUCAGCAUCCUGCCAGCCAUCCCUGUGACGCUGUACCUGCCCCCUCAGGAGGCCCUGGAGCUGCGGCACCCGCAGGAGGCCUCUCGCUACCAGCCCUUCCUGGCGGGCAGCAGGGAGCCGGGCCCGGAGCACGGCGCGCACCGCGGCCACCAGGACGUCACCCUCUACAAGGUGGCUGCUCUGGGGCUGGCAUCAGGCAUGCUGCUGGUGCUGCUGCUGUUCUGCCUGUACCGGGUGCUGUGCCCCAAGAACUACGGGCAGAACGGGCCGGGCCGGCGGCGCCGCGGGGACCUGCCCUGCGACGACUACGGCUACUCGCCCCCCGAGACCGAGAUCGUGCCCCUGGUGCUCAGGGGGCACCUCAUGGACAUCGAGUGCCUGGCCAGUGACGGGAUGCUGCUGGUGAGCUGCUGCCUGGUGGGGCAGAUCCGCGUGUGGGACGCGCAGACGGGCGACUGCCUCACUGUCAUCCCCAAACCCAGGCUGCGCAGGGACAGCAGCGGCAUCUUCGACUACCAGGAGGGCUGGGAUCCCAGCCCGGAUGGGAAGAACGGCCUGGAGGACUCCUUUGAGAGCAGCCACCAGCUCAAACGGCUGCUGGGGCCCCCCCAGCCCCCCCUGUUCUGUGACCAGCCCGACCUCACCUCCCUCAUCGACACCAACUUCUCGGAGCGCGCCAGGGCGGCCGAGUCGGAGCCGCGGCUCCGGCGCCACAAGGACUCGGGCUACGACUUCAGCAGCCUGGUGGGGAAGGUGUACGAGGAGCACGGCAGCUCUGGCUGCAGGAAUGUCAACAUGAACAUGAACAUGAACUUCCCGGGGCUCUCGGCCCCGCACGGCCCCGCCGGGUUCUCCCCCUCCGACGAGGGGCGCAGCGGCCCGGGGGACGAGGGGUGUGACAAAUCCUCAGCCCUGCCCUCCUGGGGAGGGGACCUGGAGAGCUCUGUCUGGAGCCUGGAGCUGCAGGGGAACCUCAUCGUGGCUGGCAGGAGCAAUGGGAAGCUGGAGGUGUGGGAUGCCAUCGAGGGGACCCUCCGCAGCAGCAAUGACGAAGGACAAUCCGGCAUCACCGCCCUCGUCUUCCUCAACAACAGGAUCGUGGCUGCCCGGCUGAAUGGCUCCUUGGAUUUCUUCUCUCUGGAGACACACCAGUCCUUGAACCACCUGCAGUUCCGAGGUGGGCCGGGCAGGAGCAGCCUGCCGCCGUCCCCGUCGCUGUGCCGCGGCGCCGCGCUGCGCUGCCUCCUCACCCACAGCGUGGCGUGCGCGCACCACAAACCCAUCACCGCGCUCAGGGCCGCCGCAGGGCGCCUGGUCACCGGCAGCCAGGACCACACCCUCAGGGUGUUCCGGCUGGAGGACUCGUGCUGCCUGUUCACCCUGCAGGGCCACUCGGGAGCCAUCACAGCCGUCUACAUCGACCAGACCAUGGUGCUGGCCAGUGGUGGCCAGGACGGGGCCAUCUGCCUGUGGGACGUGCUGACCGGCAGCCGCGUCAGCCACAUGUUCGCGCACCGCGGGGACGUCACCUCGCUGACCUGCACCACGUCCUGCGUCAUCAGCAGCGGCCUGGACGACGUCAUCAGCAUCUGGGACCGCAGCUCGGGCAUCAAGCUCUACUCCAUCCAGCAGGAGCUGGGCUGCGGCGCCAGCCUGGGCGUCAUCUCCGACAACCUGCUGGUCACGGGGGGCCAGGGCUGCGUGUCCUUCUGGGACAUCGGCUACGGGGACCUGCUGCAGACCGUCUACCUGGGCAAGAGCAACGAGUCGCAGCCGGCGCGGCAGAUCCUGGUGCUGGAGAACGCCGCCAUCGUCUGCAACUUCGGCAGCGAGCUCAGCCUGGUGUACGUGCCCUCGGUGCUGGAGAAGCUGGACUGAGCAGGAGGGGCCGGCGGGGCUGAGCGGGGCUGGGGGCUGUGCCGGACACGGGCCAGGGCCGCCCCUCCUGCCGCUCCCCCGCUCCGGCAUCUCCCGUGCGGCCUCGGGGACCGCACGGGGGUGGGAUGGGGCAGGGGCGGGGGCAGCGGCGAAUCCCAGGCUGGGCGCCCGGCUGUGGCUGUCCCAGCCCGGCCCAGCACCGCCCCAGGGCGCAGAGCAGCGCCCGGACACCGGCCCCGGGCGGCAGCGGGAGAGAACCGGGACCGGGACCGGGACCGACCCCUCCUGGGCGCGGCCCGGCCCCAGGUGCCUUAGGGCGCGGCCAGGCCCGCCCGACCCCGCCCGGGGCCGCAGCUGCCCCCACCCUAUUUAUUUAUACGCUGUAAAUAGUUAUUUAUUGGGGCGGGGGGCACGGGGGCCCUGCCCCGGCACAGCUGCCCUGCCCGGCUCCCUCCUGCAGCAAUAGCACCUUCCUCCACCUCCUCCUCCUCCCGGUCCCGCUGCGGGGCCAGAGGAGGCUUUUCUCAGGUUGGGAGCGGGCCGAGCCCUCGCCCCCGUCCUGCAGGCGCUGGGGAGGGACCGGGCGGGCACAGCGGGACCAACACAGGCGGGGCUGCGGCUGUCCCGGCCCCGAGCCCGGCCCGGGCCCCGCUCCCUCCCGGCUGCAGCCCGAGCCCCGCUCUGCCCGAACCGAACCGCCCCGCCCGUCCUCGACCCCCGGUGAUUGUAGAGGCGGCGCCGGCCGGGGGCAGGGGGGACCCCCGGGACCCCGGCCCAGCCCCCCGCGGGUGGCCUUCGCCCAGCUGUACCUUUGUGCUGUACAGGGGACGCUUUUUGUACCGACCGUGUUUUAUAACGUGUGCAGAACAUCCAUUAAACGGAACUAACCCGA